AUGCAGUCAUCAUUCCAGUCCCGUGUUGAACGGGAAGAGCAGUCGCUGGAGGCAUACCGCGAGGACCGCUAUCAUGGUAGUGCUCGUGUUCGACUUGAUUGCAUCUCGUUUGAGAGCGGAUUCAGCCAACUUAUGAGCGAUGGCCGUAACUCGAUCCGAAUGGAACGUAUCUUAGAGAUUCAAGGCUGCCUACAGGUCAAUCGAGACUACCAUGUGCCAGUGUUGGUCAGCUCUGCGGACUGGGGUCACCGUAUUCGUUUUAGCGAGACUGGAGGUGGCCGCUUGCCGGAACUGAUCGUCCCUUUAGAUACUGUCCUACAUGCAAUGAAUCAUGAGAGCCUUAUCUCGGCAGCGCGAAAGUGGCUCAGCCCGCAGAACCGCUGGUGGGUGGUGGAUGUAUACGUGGAGGAUCAAGGCAGCUACGCCGGGGCCCCCGAACUCCUGAAUACCACUGGCUUACUAUGCCCAGCACCGGAAAACGCGGAGACAGACAUGGAUCUCGGACGGCGCCAACUCGGCGUCCGCCUAGUCCGUGCUCUACGGGAACAGUUUCGGAAUGAGCGACAGCCGCCCGAUGGCCUAAUUUACUAUAAGCUUCGGCUGUAUGAGGGCGCCCUCGACCAGCCGGCCGAUCGAGACGCGGCUAAUAAGUGGUGGGCCAUCCUGCAGAACAACCCGGCCACCAAGAAACACAAGUAUCUGCGAGCGUUCUUCCGCCAUGGCUGUUUCCCUCAGGCUUUCGAUGCCUUGCUUCCGAUUCCCGGGCUCUGGGCCGGAAUGCAGAUCGGGGUCCUUCAUACGCUGUUGUCCCUACGCUGUGACGAAGAAAUACUAUCCUACCUCGACCAUAUAGGAUGCACAUUCGUUACCCGGAUCUUCGGCGACGAUACAGAGCUUGCGGCGGGUGCGGACGCUGCGAGUGUCCAGAUGUUGCAGUCUCGUGUGCCGAGGGUAUCGAACCGUGACCUGGACUUUCUACAGAAAAGAAUGAAUGACGGGACUCUCUUCCCAUCUAUUCAAGACAGCACGAAGCGAGAUGCCGUCUGGAACCGACUGCAAACCAUCGAUGUCCCAAUUCCCACCCUGCAGACUUUCUUUUCUGACUUACGGUAUUUGGCUAUUGCACGGAAAGUUAUGCGAGCACUUCUGCAGAUCAACAACCCGAGGACCAAAAUGUCUAUCGACGAGAGGCUGGGUAGCCAGCACCACAUGAUCGGACGUCUUCCCCUGGGCGAGGGAAAGCGCGUCAUACAGCAAGGGCUACGCGAGCUAUGGCGUUUCAGCUUUCAAUAUGGCCUGGAGAUGACAGGGACCGCCCGCCUCCAGCCUCGCGAUCACCGAACACAAGGGGCUGCAGCAAUAAUACCUGACGUGACUGCUUCGAUGGAUCGGACGAGGCUCUGGCAACACUUCUUCUGGCUGGCUGACCACGAAGGCUUCAGCAUCCCGUCUCUCGAUGGUUUCGGGGCCCAACUGAUGGACCUCCCUAUGGUCCCAGCUGUGGCAGACAGUCCUGAGAACUGGAGUGAGGAUGAGCCUAUAUAUAGAUAA